CGCAAAUUUGAAGGUUGCUUAGAUAUAUAUAAGACGAGUUCUAUUUCAGUUGAUGUUAUACUUGAAGUGUCCAUUGGUCUAACGAGUCUUGUCUACCAUUUGGGAUUUAAAUAAUCGAUAUCAACAAUGAAGUUUCUCGUGUUGGUUGCCAUCAUUGCCGUCGCUCUGGCCGAAGAAGAUUUGGAAAAGGCGAUUGCUGAUCCUCAGAAAUUGCAAGGUUUAGUCGAUUGCUUCCUUGACCGGGCACCAUGCUCGCCGGCACCAGCUAAAUUAAAAGAAAUCACACCCAAAGCUGUUGCAAGCAAUUGCGCUAACUGCACAACGGCUCAGAAGCAUAUUGCUAAAUUAUUCUUCACAAAUUUACAACAAAACCUGCCCCAGGAAUACGACAAUUUCGUGCAAAAAUACGAUCCCAAGGGCGAAUACAUGGACUCUUUCCUCAAAAGCGUACAAGGAGCCUAAACUUACAAUUUUGUAACAGAUCUUUAUAAUAUGCAAUAAUAAACGUUUUCAUU